ACGCACAAGCUUUGCCUUUUUCUCCUCUUACGUCUUAUUUUUUGGGUUUUCUUCUUCUCAGCCCUUUUUGGAGUUCGGAAAGUUGAGGAUGGGAUUAAAGGUCGGUGCGACUUAUUUACAUUGGUCGCAACCAGUAGCGUCUCACUCUUCCACUCCGGCUCAGACGCUAGCCUCUGCAAUUUCAUCUCCUUCUUCAAAAAAAUAUGGCGUCUGCCGAUUCGUUCAGCGAUCGGCUUUUUUAGGGACGUCAACGACAAAGCUGUUUAGGUCUCGAUCUUGCGAUAACCCCAAGAGUGGAGGCCAAUCCCUUAAGAGGGCUUGCAGCGCCAACUUAGAUGGAUACCCUGACGAAGAGUUCGCCGAAAAUAUUCGAGAAUUAGCUUUGAGAUUCCAUCUUUUGAGCGAUGGUGACGAAGAACAGAACAAUCUUCCCUACGCCGUGGAUGGAGAAUUGGAUACUUUUACUGAUUCCCUGGAAAAGCAAGGCGAGAGCGGUAGUCGCUUCGAGAGUUGUAGCGUCAAUUCUGUACAAAUACCCAGUCCUUUUUUGCCAACGAAGAGGGAGACUGUGGAGUUUCCUUGGCUCCGAUUCAAGCCAGAACCGCUAGACUGGCCGGGAAGGGAUGAGAUUGACCAGGCGAGUAUAGCGUGGAAGGCGAACAGCGUGGAUCUUCCCCUUUCUCUUAGAAUCAUAAAGAAGAAGAAGCAAUGGGAAGAAGGUUUCAUAGAAGCAGGGGAGUUCGCCUACUGCUCUGUGAAGAAGGCCUUUUCUUCGAUGGUGUUCAUCAUACGUGAGCUACACAGCUACACGUUGCAGAUGCGAGAGCUUCUCUUCUAUGAAGACCUUCAGGAUAUUCUUGCCCGAGUACAGAAAGAGAUGCACGCUUCAUUCGUGUGGCUCUUCCAACAGGUGUUCUCACACACACCUACUCUCAUGGUGUAUGUGAUGAUCCUUCUUGCAAAUUUCACUGUCUAUUCGAUGGGAAACAAUACAGCAAUUGCAGCAGUCCAGCCUCCUCCGUCGGCUGCCACCGAAAUCGUAACGAUAAAUGAGAACAAUCCCAAUAAGUUUGUUUCCCCUUCGGCAAUGAAGACGUUUUCCGUAUCGUCUUCGACUGGGAAUACGGCCUCUGUGGGAGGACAAAGCGGCGACGGCGGAGGAAACUUCCGCCCUGUGACGAGUGGGACAGGGGGAGAUGGACGGUCCGAUGGUUCCUCGUCAUUGUUGAACUAUCAGAGUACCAUUUUUCCAGAGGAAAUAUCUCAGUUUCAUCAGGACGCGGAAUCGGCAUCGGUGGUCGAUGCAGAGCCGGAAGGAGGAGAAAUAAUGACCGAGGAAGAGUUGAACUUGUGGAAAUUGAUGAUGGAAGAAGCGAUUAGAAUGCAGGCGAGGGCGAGUAACGGAGCUCUGGAUCACGAUACGAUACAAAGCUUCGUGUCGCCGGUGAAGGCGGAGAUGGAAGCGGAAGACCAAUCCGAUCACUUGAGGAUGGAGCUUCUGUAUCAGAUGGCCGUUUCCCAAGAACCCAACAACCCUCUUCUCCUCGCCAAUUACGCUCAGUUCCUCUACCUCGUCGUCCACGACCACGACAGAGCGGAAGAGUACUUCAAGAUGGCAAAAGGGAAUGGGAGAGAAGGAGAAAGAGAUGCAGAGGCGUUGAGCAAGUAUGCAACGUUCUUGUGGCUGGUGAGGAAGGACAUAAGUGCGGCGGAGGAGACAUACUUGGAAGCAAUAGAGGCGGAGCCAGGGAACACUUACCAUGCCGCCAUUUACGCCAAUUUCUUGUGGAACACUGGUGGCGAAGAUACUUGUUUCCCUAUUAACUGA